AUGGUUUCAGAGACAUUUAUCACUGAAUUGGCUACGUCAGCAGAGAGAAAUCUGGCUAUAGGUUUCAGAUACAAUGGGCUAUCUGUGAUCUACCUCAUCUUCCUGCUAAUUCUCCCACUGUGCCCCAGACCAAAUGAUAUUACAAUGCAAGGGUUCACUGGGCACUUGCUUAGAACCAUCAGCUAUACCAGCUUCAUUUUCCUUAUGUUACAAGUGUCUUUUCAAAUUGCUUUCUACUACUUACCACCUAAUGAUUUUUUUGGGGAGGAAGUGCUGUCACAUUUUGGUAUUGUACGGUUUAGCAGGCUUGAUGCUGGAAACAUUAUACAUCUUUUGGCUCCUGACAUUGGCAUGUUUCUCUUUGGUCUGACUGUCAUGCUGCUUUGCCGUAAGACAGUGAAACUCAACAACCGGGAAAGUGAGCUUCCAUCUGGAGACCAUGAUCAGUUCUCUUCGGAUGAGGAAGAAGACAUGAAAGAGACGGAAUCUGAAGCAGAAACUGAAGAUACUGAGGACAUAGACAUUGGUUGUCUGCUUGAAAAGGAUUGUUUAAGAUGCUGCCAUUCAGGUUUCUUUCUGAAAUUCACUUUGUUCCUAACAGACUUGGAGAUUCUUUGUGAAGACACACUUAGAACUGCUGGCAAAGUCUUCAUUAUGCUUCUGUUAGGCUCAACAGAGCACACAAUAUAUUCUGAAACCUCACAAGAAGUUAAUGAAAAAUGUAACAUGGAAAAAAAAUCUGGUGCAUUCUUAGCAUUGGCACAAUUCAUUGCAAAUCAGAGCUAUGUCAUUGCAUUGAUUACUAUGAUGGUUUGGAGUAUCACCUACAACAGCUGGCUAACUUUUGUUCUGCUAAUCUGGUCCUGUAUAAUUUGGAUGGUACAUGACCGUCAUCUCUAUGCCUUGCGCAGUUUACCUUUUCUUGUCAUCUAUGGAAAUGUACUGGUGAUUCUUAAUUUUAUUGUGGGACUGAAUCUUUCGCAAGAGGAAUUAUUUCCAGGAGUAGCAACUUCAUUACUCAUUGACUUAGAUUUGAAACCUUAUUCUCUUCCCUGUGUCCAUCUGGGAGCCAAGAUUUUAUAUCAGUUAACUUUCUGGUUAUUGUUGAGGCAGUAUGUGAUGCAAAUACAGAAGCAAAAAGAGGAGGAAUUUCUUAAAGAAGUGAUAGUACAUCAAACUGAAAUGGGCACAUCGCAAAAUCUGAUUAUAGAAAUACUCAGUUCUAUAUUUAAGAGGAUCCUAGUAAAAUACUGGAUAUACUUCUGUUCCAUCAUGUUCUUUAUUGUCAGCUUCAAUGGCAAAGUGGUCCUGUAUAAAAUUCCUUACGUUAUAUUUUUUCUGUUCUGUGUGGCUUUAUAUCAGAUUCAUUAUGAAGGAUGGCGACGAAUCCUGAAGGGAUUUUGGCUGAUAAGUGUCUCCUAUUCAAUGAUAAUCCUCAUUGCUUUAUAUACUUACCAGUUUGAGAUGGUUUCUGAAUUUUUCCUAAAAACUUUGGAAAUAUCAGAGGAAAGAUUAAAAGAUUUGGGCCUUGAGUGGUUCAGCACAAAGGAACUUUUUGCAAAGAUUAUAUUACUCUGUGCCUUUCUUCUGGUUUGUAUUGUUCAGCUGCAUUAUUUCCAUAAAGAUUUCCUGAAUAUCAUAGAUCUGACCAAUAUUUCUGUGAAUCCAUCUUCUUCAUCUGCCAGUGACAAGCAAAUGGAAAUUCUUGUGUGUCUUUUGGCUAAUAGGGUUAAAGAAACACUCCAAAAACUGCAAAGUGGGCUGGCUCCUGAGCCAUUACAACAGUCUUUUCCAGAUGGACUGGACAAGUCUGAGAAUACCACAGAAAAUGAGGUAAAGAGGAAUAAAUGGGCAGAAGAGGUAGACAAUUUGGCACUUUGUCUUCUGAAGAUCAUAGCAAUAGCUCAGGAUAUGCAGGUGUUUGCAUGGAGAUUUCUGGAGCUGCACAUCCUUAAGAUUGUGUCCACUUGCACUAUCUGGAUCACACUUCAAGAGGUGUGUUUGAUGAAUUACGUUUUCUUUCUUGUGUGGACAUUUGCUAUUCCUUAUUCCAAAUUUCGUCUGUAUGCCUCAAGAAUCUGUACAUUUUGGUCUUGUGUGAUGGUCAUCUGUAAAAUGUUAUAUCAGCUAAAAUUUAUCAAGCCCUGGAAUUAUUCCUCAAACUGCACUCAGGUCAGUGAUCUGCAUUUGAAUAUAACUUACCGUUCUAUCAAUGUUGAUGAGUUUUUGGAGAAAUCAUCUUUGUACGUAGCACCAAUUGACCCAGCACUUUGGAUUGGAGGGCUGAUGAAGUGCAGUGACAAUAUUUUUCUUUCUCUAAAGAACCAUCUUACCAUUCUGAUUCUAAUGGCUUUAGAAGCAACUGUGUAUCGCCACCAAUAUUUUUACUGGACUCAGAAUCAAAUAUUACCACCUGUCACAGGUAGCCUUUUUAAUAAUAUUGGCCGGGAGAACUUGGACGAAGGGCUACUCAACUGCAUCAAAUACUGUCUCAACUAUAGUUUUUACAAAUUUGGACUGGAGAUAUGCUUUGUGGCGGCAGUUAAUGUGAUUGGGCAACGCAUGGACCUCUAUGCACUUAUCCAUGCAAGUUGGCUGACUUACCUGUUGAGCUACCGUCAGAGGAAAGCAAUAGCCCAAGUCUGGCCAAAAUACUGUUUCUUCCUUGCCAGCAUUGUGGCCUUUCAGUAUUUGCUUUGUAUUGGUCUCCCACCUGCUUUGUGCCAAGAUUAUCCAUGGAGAAGUUCCCAUUGGUUGUUCCCUUCAAAUCUGAUUAAGUGGCUUUAUCUGCCUGAUUUUGCUGAAAGACCCAAUACUAAUUUUCUCCUGUAUGAUUUCCUUCUUCUGCUUUUUGCUUCCUUCCAAUGGCAAGUUUUUGAAGAUGAGGAUCAGCUUGUAGUCAGGCUGCAAGCUGGAGAUAACUCAGAGAUUAAUCAAGAUUUGGGCCCAGCAGGUCUCAGUGAAUUCAGUUGGGUACCAAACUUUAUCCAUUGCAGAUCUUAUUUGGAUCUGAUGAAAGUGCUUAUAUUCAAGUACCUCUUCUGGAUUGUCCUUUGCCUAAUUUUUGUGACUGCGACAGCCAGGAUCAAUAUUUUCUCUGUGGGCUACUUUGUUGCCUGCUUUUACUUUAUGCACUUUGGACAAAGCCUUCAGCUGAAGCCCCUCAGAGACAUUCUUAGACCAUGGGACUACUUGAUUGCCUACACUACUUUGGUUAUAACAGUAAAGAAUCUUCUUGCUGUUGGAUCAUGUGCAUACCUUAAUAAAUUACAAAUAAACUAUUGUUGGCUAAUUCAGACCUUUGCUAUGUAUUGCACAAUACCAGGAUAUGAAGUAGAUCCACCUAAUAAUGAGAUAUGUGAAUUGCCCAAAAAUGAAGCAGGAAUACUGUGGGAUGCAGUAUGUUUCACAUUCUUGCUGAUUCAGAGAAGAGUUUUUAUGAGCCACUAUUAUCUCUAUAUUGUGACUGAUCUCAAGGCUACAGAUUUCUUAGCCUCCAGGGCAGCUGAGAUGUUUGAGUUGAAGCUGAAAAAAAAGGUGACUUCUCGGAUGGAACAAAAUAGAAAAGCAACGGAAAUCAUGAAAAAGCAGAUGGACCUGAUUAAACCAAAAUUUAAAAACCAAAGUUCCUGCAAAAUACUAGAAGCAGAAUCUGAUCAGAAAUUGGAAGAGGAGGAUCCAGGAGAUGAUACCAGCAAGAUAGAAAAAAAGAAUAAAAAUAAUUGGUGGCAGCCAUGGGUGACACAUAAUUCAGUGGUUCGAAGUGGGAGCUAUUGCCUUUUUGAUACAGAUAGUGAAGAUGAAGAAGGACAUGAACACUCUGAAAUGAAAAAAAAAGAAUUAUUUAAAAAGAAAACAGCAUGGCAGCUUGCAUAUGAAGCCUCGAUGAGGAAUACAAAAUCAGCUCAAAAUAUGAGAGAGCAAGAUGAAAUCAGUAGUCAAAAAAAUACAAAAGAGGAGGAAAGGAAAAACGAGCAAUUGCCAGGGAUUGAAAAAGGUAAUGUCAGUUUGGAAUCCUCUGAUGAAAAUAUCGAGAUACUGGCUUCUGAAGAGGACUUGGAUAAGUCAGAAAGUAUUGUGCAAAGAAUAAUCAACAUUAUUAAGCUUAUCUCCAUCUUGAUGCAUGCAUUGAUGUAUGGAACUAUAGAAGCCCUUAAUUCCCUUGUUAAAGAUAAUUUGGACAUUGCUAAUGCAUUGAGGAUGGAAAAACAUAUUCUUUGGCAGCAGAUGAACAAGGGAAAUGAGGUUUCAGUAGAUAUGGUUCUACAACAUUACAGAUUUGAGAAUAAUCAGUCAGUUUAUGGAGAAUAUAAAGCCAAAGUAAUAAGAACUGAGGAAAGCCAAGGCAAGGUAUCUGAAUCUCCACCGACUGAGAAUACUGAGCCUUCAUCUCUGCAACUCAGGAGAGCCAGUGAAACUGACAAAGAUGUAAUGGGGACUGAGAAGAUAGAAGGGGGAAAUGAAAAAGAAGCCCUCUCCCAAGGAUUCACUCUGACCACUUCCUGUGCAGAACCUGCCGUUCUUUCCAGCUCUCCAUCAGAAAUUCAAGAGUCUGCAGAUUCCUUGUUUACUAGAAGUCCAAAAGCCAACAAGCCAUUAGGUGAAAUAUCUCCUAUGAUGACAACCAGUGAGCUGGUGCUUAACAGCAUUCUUCAUGACAAUGAGCUGGAGCAGUCUGAUAAAUUUUACCAGUGCCUUCCUUGUCCCUUGAAGCUGGGAGUUGCUUUGUACCAUGUUAUGGCCUCUACAUCAGAAAUGCUUUGUUAUUUUGUUAUCAUUAUCAACCACAUGGUUUCUGCUUCCAUUCUUACUUCGGUUCUCUCCAUCUUGAUAUUCCUGUGGCCUAUGUUGUCCAUUCCAAGGCCUUCCAAAUUCUUUUGGAUGAUAGCAAUCAUUUACACUGAGAUAAUGAUUGUGAUCAAAUGUAUUUCCCAAUUUGGAUUCUUUCCUUGGUCUUCUAAGUUAUAUUGCAGUAUCAGUGCAGAAGCACCAUUUGCCUUGCCAAAUCUAAUUGGGAUGGAGAAGAAAGACGGAUAUGCACAGUAUGAUUUAGUGCAGCUCCUAGCCUUGUUCUUGCACAGGUACAUCUUGAAGCUUACCCCCAGUGUGCUUUGGAUUUAUCGGCCUAUCAAGCAAUUCUUCUAUGACAUCAUUUAUCUCAAGAGCAGUCCAGUCUGCGAUAUCUAUGGUUACAUCUUUAUUGCUGAUGUGAUUAAUUUUAUUAUUACCAUCUUUGGCUAUGGGGCAUUUGGGAAACAUUCAGAGGAUGAUUUCGCAGAAUCCCUUUUGGAAGAUGAAGUCCCUGUACCUUGGCUUGUGAUACUCUUGAUACAGUUUGGCACCAUGAUAAUUGAUAGGGCACUCUACCUAAGAAAGAACACGUUUGGGAAGUGUGUUUUCCAAAUGAUCUUGGUCUUUGGCGUUCAUAUUUGGAUGUGUUUCAUUUUGCCACAAGUAACACAAAGGAGAUUUAACAGGAAUAGAUUGGCUCAGGUGUGGUAUUUGGUCAAGUGCAUUUAUUUUGGUUUGUCUGCAUAUCAGAUCAAAUGUGGCUACGCAAAUCGGACCACAGGCCACUUUUUAACCAAGAAUUACAACUAUAUAAACCUCUACUUAUUCCAAGGAUUCCGCAUAAUGCCUUUCUUGAUUGAGCUGAAGGCUGCCAUGGACUGGAUCUGGACUGAUUCUACACUCAGCUUGUCCAGUUGGAUCUGCCUAGAGGAUAUUUAUGCAAAUAUUUUCAUUCUAAAAUGUCAGAGAGAAUGUGAAAAAAAAUAUCCCCAACCUCCUGGGCAGAAGAAGAAACCAAUUAUGAAAUCUGUGAUGGGUGGCUUCACUGUCUUCUUACUUGUCUUCAUUGUAUGGUUUCCACUUCUUAUGUCAUUGAAAUCUGUGGCAAAUGUCACCAACCAGCCCCUGGAUAUUUCUGUCAAAAUUACCAUCAGUGGUUAUGAGUCCUUGUUCACCAUGAGUGCUCAGCAACAAAAUCUGGUUCCUUUCACUCGUGCAGCAUAUAACCAAUUAACCGCUCAAUAUGCUCUCUACCCUUUUGCCUCGUACUUUAUAGAUCGGUAUAGCCCAGAGGACAUUGUAAUUGCUAAGAUAAAAGGCAAUGCCAGCCUGCUCUGGAGCAUCAGUCCAGGGAAUCGGAAAGCUAUGAUCGCAGAGCUCUCCAAUUCCUCUGCAGUUUAUGUCAACUUCCACUGGACACUUACCAGGAAUGCUUCUCUUGUGACAAAUAUUGAAGCAUCUGGCGUACAUACCAUGCGAUAUGGAGAGAAGAAAAUAAGGGAUCAAAUCGUUCACAUGCUCUCUGGGACUCGGACUGAACCAAUUAUACUUCCUGGUGUUCUACCAAAAUAUCUCAGAACAACUAAUGAGGCAGAUGCUAAAAUAGCAAAUAGCUUGAAAGUUGAGCAGCACAGGCAUCUGUUCUUUAUCAGGGAGAAAGUGUGGGAAACAGAAAUUAACUUGCUUUCAACAGUUCAUUCCCAGAAGGUAGAAGACAUUGAUGCAAUGGCCUUCUUCAGAAAUAUAACCAUAAAGCUGCAGCGCUUGCCAGACAAGUCUUCAAGUCACGUUUCUGAAUGGUGGAUUGUUAAAGAGCAGAUACCUCUCUGUUUGGAUAACAGAUGCAGCAAGAAUAUGGAGAUUAUAAUUUGUAACGAUAAAGUUAGUCCUUCUGGCCUGGGAUUCAUCAGUGGAUAUGGCAUUGGCGGUCUCUAUAUGUCGUUUGUUUUGGUUAUUGGGAAAUUCAUCCGACAGUAUUUCAAUGGUCUCUCACGUUCCAUCAUGUUCGAAGAGCUGCCCAAUGUGGACCGCAUCCUGAAACUCUGCACAGAUAUCUUCUUGGCCAGAGAGGCUGGAGAAUUGGAGCUAGAAGAGCAGCUUUUUGCUAAACUCAUUUUUCUGUACAGAUCACCUGAAACAAUGAUCAAAUGGACCAGAGAACACAAGGAAAAAUAAAAAGCAGCAUGGACGGGAGAUUACCACUAAGAAACUCUACGAAAAACAGGGCCUGCACUUGGGAGUUGGGCAUCACUUCACAGGACAUCAAGGCAAUGUUGUUUUGGUGUAUUGAAUAUUUAAUCUACAUUGUGGAGGUGUGCAACUACAUGUAAGAUUUAAUAUCCAGGGUGUGAUAUGCAGUUUUAUAUUGCACAGAGAUUGGAAUUUAUAAUGCUGUACAGUGAUUUGGGCCAGGGGAAAUCCUCAGUAAAUGUUAACUGCUCCUAUGAUCCCCCCCCCUUUUAAUUGUAUGCAGUCUGAUUCCAAAUUACCAAUUCAAUUCAACAGGGCAGUAAAGUUAGCAAUGAAUUAGGAAUUAUGUCUUUGUCAAAUAAUUGUGGCAUGAACAAAAUAAAAUGUUACAUAGGCAUACAAAUAAAAUAAAACACAGAAUGACUUUGCCCUAGGAAAAUAAGUGUCUGCCUGAAGGUUAAAAGGUUUUCUAAAUAGUGACAG